AUGGCUUUAAUGAUCGUUGAUUGCAAUUAUGUCACGAAUAUGUGUCGGAACGCGAAAUCAGAAAGGAAAAGUCGAAGGAAAUCUGGUGAAAGGAAAACUGUUCUCAAGUGCUUUUCCGCAUCUUGUGAAAACGAUGAGAGAAGACUCAAGACAUUAUCGUGUUUGCCAACUCUCAAUGAAAAGUUUGAAAAAUGUUGA